AUGGACACUGACAUGGACUACGAAAGACCCAACGUUGAAACUAUCAAGUGUGUGGUGGUUGGAGAUAAUGCAGUGGGAAAGACUCGUCUAAUUUGUGCAAGAGCAUGCAAUACAACCUUGACUCAGUAUCAGCUGCUGGCAACUCACGUACCAACUGUCUGGGCCAUUGAUCAGUACCGUGUCUGCCAAGAGGUCCUUGAACGCUCAAGAGAUGUUGUGGAUGAAGUGAGUGUGUCUCUCAGGCUGUGGGAUACUUUUGGGGACCACCACAAAGACAGGCGCUUUGCUUAUGGAAGGUCUGAUGUAGUUGUUCUGUGCUUUUCAAUUGCUAAUCCUAAUUCCCUGAAUCAUGUGAAAACGAUGUGGUAUCAAGAAAUCAAGCACUUCUGUCCUCGCACACCUGUCAUUCUGGUGGGCUGCCAGCUAGAUCUCCGCUAUGCUGAUCUUGAGGCUGUUAAUAGAGCCAGGCGGCCUUUGGCAAGGCCGAUAAAAAGAGGAGACAUUUUGCCACCAGAAAGAGGCAGAGAGGUUGCCAAGGAACUUGGGAUACCGUACUAUGAAACCAGUGUAUUUGACCAGUUUGGGAUUAAAGAUGUCUUUGACAAUGCAAUUAGAGCUGCUCUGAUCUCCAGAAGACACCUGCAGUUCUGGAAAUCUCAUUUGAAGAAGGUCCAAAAACCUUUGCUUCAGGCUCCAUUCCUACCUCCAAAAGCCCCUCCUCCAGUUAUCAAAAUUCCUGAGUGUCCGGUACCGAGUAUGAAUGAAGCUGGAUAUUUAUUGGACAGCCCACUGUGUGCAGAUGUUAUGUUUGUCCUCCAGGAGCAGGACUACAUUUUUGCUCACAAGAUUUACCUAGCUACCUCCUCUUCAAAGUUUUAUGACCUUUUCUUAAUGGAAUGUGAGGAAAGUCCAGACUUGGAUGAAACACAGUGUAAUAAAGAAAAUACAAAUAAGGAUGUUCUGACAAGUCGCCUUGAGACAAAUGGUGACAGUGAUGAGACAUCCUUGAAAUCUGAUGGUGUUAAAAUUCCCCCACCAGAAAGUACUGGCUCUUUAAACAUGCUAGAACCCGAACCUGGUGAAAUAAAUUCUACAGCAAGAUCUCUGUUGUCCUGGGGUAAGGGGUUUGUUAGUGUGCAUAAGGAAAUGCAAGUGAAUCCUGUCUCAAAUAGGACAUGUCCUGUAACUGUGGUAAAAAUGGAUUCAUCUGUGCAGGCCGGACCUUUUAAAACUGUUUUGCAGUUUUUAUACACAGGGCAACUGGAUGAAAAUGAAAAAGAUCUCACAAGACUGGCUCAGAUUGCUGAAAUUUUGGAAGUAUUUGAUUUGCGAAUGAUGGUAGAAAAUAUUAUGAAUAAAGAAGCCUUCAUGAAUCAAGAGAUUACUAAAGCAUUUCAUGUCAGAAAAGCUAAUCGGAUAAGAGAGUGCCUUUGCAAAGGGACAUUUUCUGAUGUGACAUUUAAACUGGAUGACGGAACCAUAAAUGCCCACAAGCCGCUGCUGAUCUGUAGCUGUGAAUGGAUGUCUGCUAUGUUUGGAGGAUCAUUUAUCGAAAGCUCGAACAGUGAGGUGGUUCUUCCCAAUAUAAACAAGACUUCCAUGCAAGCAGUUUUAGAUUACUUGUAUACCAAGCAACUGUCCUCUGGUCAGGAACUGGACACACUUGAGUUAAUUGCAUUGGCAAAUAGGUUUUGCCUUCCUCACCUGGUUGCACUAGCAGAACAGCAUGCAGUACAAGAGCUGACAAAAGCCUCCAUGAGUGGCAUUGCAAUAGAUGGAGAAGUACUAUCCUACCUGGAAUUGGCUCAGUUUCACAAUGCUAACCAGCUGGCAGCUUGGUGCUUGCACUACAUCUGCACCAAUUACAACAGCGUUUGCUCCAAAUUCCGCAAGGAAAUCAAAGCUAAAUCUUCAGAUAAUCAAGAAUAUUUUGAGAGGCAUCGGUGGCCGCCUGUGUGGUAUUUAAAGGAAGAAGAUCACUACCAGCGAGUUAAAAAAGAAAGAGAAAAGGAAGAUGUUGCACUGAAUAAACACCAUUCGAAGCGGAAGUGGUGCUUCUGGAAUUCCUCUGCUGUAGUUGCCUGAACAAAGCAAAUAAGUGGAAAUCGAUAGCCAGUGUCAGAAAUUAGUCUUAUUGUUAGAAAUAAGAUGUAGUUCAGGUUUUCAGGAAACUUUGUUCCAUGUGUGCAUUUAUUAUUGCUAGGGACAAAAGCACAAGCUCACUGAAAGUGAGCCUGGAACAGCUCCUCAAAGUCAUAUGUAUAUUUUUGGCUAGUAAGCAGAUAAAUGUCUACCAUUAUUACACUUCUUUUUAUACAACAACAACAACAAAAAAUCCAGCAUUAAUGUUUCAAUCUCCAGUUGGGAAAUAUUUUUAUACUGUCUGGUGUAUUUUGUUCAGAUAAAAUUCUGGAUACCAUUUUAUUUUACAGACCACAAAAUGACCAUGUAGCAGCUUUGUAACUAGAUUUUAACAAUUUUUACUAUGUGAGUACAGUCAAAUAGACAAUCUUCAGUCAUAAGAGACCGCUUUUAGAGUAUCUCAUAAAAAGUCAUCUUAGGAAAAAAUCUAGUUGCCUACUAUAGGUUGUCUUUUUUAAACUAAGUACUGUGCACCGGUAAUACAAUUAGAUGGUUAUUUCCCCUUUCUAAAGUAAAAGGUUAGAAUAGGAUCCAAUAACUGCAAGAUAUAGAGUGCUUGAUCUUUGCUUAGCUGAAUAAUAGGCAGUAUAAUUACCUGUUCAACUGCAGGCAAAUGUAUUUCUAAUAUUUGCCAUGUAAGUGCAAAUAAUUAUGACUAUGUGGGCCAUGUGAAAUCUAGUGAUUCUAAGUAUUCAGAGGUUUUAUAUGUCUAGAUCAAAGAGGAUAUUUCUAAAAUCAUUUAGAAGGGCUUAUUAAUUUAUAUCCUUAUACAAGUAUGGAUCUGAAUGCAAAAAGCAGUUACACUGCUUGCAUUUGAAUUACUGUGUGGCAGUUACCUUGUUCUGUUGGAUCUUAACCAUGCAGCCACUCCUCAUGCUGAAUUCCUUUUUGCUUCAGUGCAAGCAAAUGAAAGGGCUGCAAAAACAAGUAGGAGUUAUCUAGUGUUACCGCAUUUUGUAAACAAAGAAGGGUCUUCACACACAAGAUCACUUCAGUUUGAUUCAAAUUCUUUUAUAGCUUUUCCCAAGUAGAACUCAAAAUGUUAGAUUAUUUUUAAGUAGAUGAUAUAUUUCCCCUGGACGUAGGUAUUCCCAG